AUGUUUUACUACGCACUUUUCAUUGCUCUUACACUCUUUACGGUAGUUUUACAUAGUAAACCAGCAACAUUUCGAGCAAAUCAACCAAAGCCAUGUUGCGUACCCAACCAAUUUAGUGCUCUCAUCACUACAUCAACUGCCGCAGAAGUACCAAAUGCUGAAACGGUGGCUACUUAUAGUGUUUUUAAUUUUUCAUACGAUUUAACUCGUGGUUUGGUUGGAGCGAAGGGUAUAUCUUAUUCAAUAAUAGAUCAAAAGGAGUCAAAUCUAUGGAUAAUUGAAAAUGUUGCUGAAAAUCAAACCUAUAUAAUAGAUCUAAAUUCAAAAAAAUGUAUUAAAGAAUCAAGUUCAAUUGGACUGUUUCAUUGUAUACCAGAAUCUGCAACUUAUUUGUAUUCAUCUAUGCAUGGUUUCGACAAUAACCAAUUUAAAGGAGAUACAUGGUAUGUAGAAGAUAACAAUGCAGUUAGCUUUGUAACUGUUAGUGAUGAUGGUAAUUGCAUUCCAGUGAGUACUAAUACUUUCAUUUCGAAUCCUCAUGCAGUUAAUUCUGCAACAAUUACAAAUUAUGUACCAAAAAUUAAUGAUCCAAGUAUAUUUGAUAUUCCAGAAGAAUGCAAAAAUAUUGUUUAG